GAAGAGGCCUAUAUUUUCGCUUAGGGCUAUGCGCGGUUUUGAAGCGAUUAGUUGAAUAGCGUGCAGAAAACGCAGGCAGAGAAGAAAACACAAACCCUAUCUGGAGAGUUAGAGAGAGAAACCCUAGAAUCUGCAAAAAUGUCAGCGACCGGAGGUGGUGGUGGUGGUCAGGAAGAAGACAAGAAGCCCAUGGAUCAGUCGGCACACAUUAACCUUAAAGUCAAGGGCCAGGAUGGGAAUGAAGUGUUUUUUAGAAUUAAACGAAGCACCCAACUCCGCAAACUCAUGACUGCUUACUGUGAUAGACAGUCAGUGGAGUUAAACUCAAUUGCUUUCUUGUUUGAUGGGCGCAGACUCCGGGGAGAGCAGACUCCAGAUGAGCUUGAGAUGGAGGAUGGAGAUGAAAUUGAUGCAAUGCUCCAUCAGACAGGAGGCGGACGAUAACUGCUAGUUGUACCACAUGGAGAGUCCAUGGUGGACUUGAGUGUAAGUUUCAUUUGCUAAAUCUAUGGAUAUAUGAUUGUAAAUGACAUGGAUCCUAUAAUGAAGCUUGAAGUUAGUUUUUUUUUUUUUUUAAAUUAAUGAUAUAUUUGUAUUAGACAUUCAUGAUUCAUCUAAUCGGACGGUUUCGUUUGGCCAA